AUGGAGUGGACUCACGUCCGGCAUGGAAAAGCACAGUGCUCAGAGGCCACGGAGGUCAGGGGCCUCGUGGAGGUCACGGGCUGCGUGAAUGUCAGAGCCUGCGUGGAGGUCAGGAGCCGUGUGGAGGUCACGGGCUGCGUGGAGGUCAGGAGCCGUGUGGAGGUCGGGGGUUUCGUGGAGGUCACGGGCUGCGUGGAGGUCGGAGGCCAUGUGCAGGCCGGAGGCCGUCAGAGAGGGCCGGGGGCGGCGGGGGCGGCGGGGGCGGCGGGGGGCGGCGGGGGCCCCGGGGCCGGCGGGGGCGGCGGGGGCCCGGGCGCCGCCUUCUCCAUCGACGCCCUGAUCGGGCCGCCGCCGCCGCGCGCCGGGCACCUGCUCUACACCGGGUACCCCAUGUUCGUGCCCUACCGGCCGCUGGUGCUGCCGCCCGCGCUGGCGCCCGCGCCGCUGCCCGCCGGGCUCCCGCCGCUCGCGCCGCUCGCCUCCUUCGCCGGCCGCCUCUCCAACGCCUUCUGCGCGGGGCUGGGCCCGGCCGUGCCCUCCAUGGUGGCGCUCACCACCGCGCUGCCCAGCUUCGCCGAGCCGCCCGACGCCGCCUUCUACGGCGCCCCGGAGCUCGCCGCCGGCGCCCGCGCCCACCCCGAGCCCGCCGGCCGCCGCCCCCCCGAGGGCGGCCCGGACCCCGAGCGGCCGCCGCCCGCGCGCGAGAAGCCGGCGGAGCCCCCGCCGCCGCCGCCGCCGCCGCACUUCGCCGACACUUUCCCAAGUCUGCCGGAGGGGAAGGCGUACAGCUCGGAGGACGAGGAGAAGCUGGAGGCGGCGGGCGCCGUCGGGGACGCGAGCCGGCGGCGGCGCACGGCCUUCACCAGCGAGCAGCUGCUGGAGCUGGAGAAGGAGUUCCACUGCAAGAAGUACCUGAGCCUCACGGAGCGCUCGCAGAUCGCGCACGCGCUCAAGCUCAGCGAGGUGCAGGUCAAGAUCUGGUUCCAGAACCGCCGCGCCAAGUGGAAGCGCAUCAAGGCCGGCAACGUGAGCAGCCGCUCCGGGGAGCCCGUGCGCAACCCCAAGAUCGUCGUGCCCAUCCCCGUGCACGUCAACAGGUUCGCCGUGCGCAGCCAGCACCAGCAGAUGGAGCAGGGGGCCCGCCCCUGA